CCACAGCAUCUGGUGAGGGCUCAGCUGACAGACUUGAAGGGUGCGAAUGGGCAGAGCAGAACUUCUAGAAAGAAAGAUGAGUGCUCAGGAUCCCUCAGAUUUGUGGAGCAGAUCGGAUGGGGACGCUGAGCUGCUCCAAGACUUGGGAUGGUAUCAUGGCAACCUUACGCGGCAUGCGGCUGAGGCUCUCCUCCUCUCUAAUGGACGUGACGGAAGCUACCUUCUGAGGGACAGCGGCGAGAAUUCUGGGCAGUACUCUCUCUCUGUCAGAGCCAAAGACUCAGUCAAACACUUCCAUGUUGAAUAUACUGGAUAUUCAUUUAAGUUUGGCUUUAAUGAAUACUCAUCUAUAAAAGAUUUUGUCAAACAUUUUGCAAAUGAGCCUUUGGUUGGAAGUGAGACAGGUACUCUGAUUGUUCUGAAACAUCCCUAUCCAAGAAGAGUGGAAGAACCUUCCAUCUACGAAUCGGUGCGGGUUCACACAGCCAUGCAGACAGGGAGGAGCGAAAGCGACCUCGUGCCCACCGCGCCUUCUCUGGGCACAAAGGAAGGCUACCUCACCAAGCAGGGAGGCCUGGUCAAGACCUGGAAAACAAGAUGGUUCACGUUGCACAGGAAUGAACUCAAAUACUUCAAAGACCAAAUGUCACCAGAACCAAUUCGGAUCCUUGACCUGACAGAGUGUUCAGCUGUACAAUUUGAUUAUUCACAAGAAAGGGUAAACUGCUUUUGUUUAGUAUUUCCAUUCAGGACAUUUUAUCUCUGUGCAAAGACAGGAGUAGAAGCUGAUGAAUGGAUCAAGAUACUUCGAUGGAAGAUGUCACAAAUAAGAAAACAGCUGGACCAUGGGGAAGGCACAAUCCGAUCUCGGUCAUUCAUUUUCAAGUAGACCUUUAUUGCCCUGGGGGUCUCAGGCUAGGGCAGGGUGGGUCGUUCCUGGUGCUGUGGUCCAUAGGAGGCUUCAGAUGCAAACUCACUGAGGAUUUUCUUUAAAAAAGUACAUCAAAGCAGAGGGUGACUGGGAACCUAAAUGGUGUUUACAAGAUUCAUGGAAAGCAGCUGUCCUUGACAAUGUCUCCUUGAGACCACUGCAGUGCUUGCUGUUCUGAUGGAAACUGAUUAACCACCAGGCAGAACCAAGGACCUUGUUAAAGUCACUCUGGGUGUCCCAAGGUUGUUGACAUGAGUUGCCUGGAGCCCCUGCUCUGAGUCACCAGGUCAGCAAAACCAAUCUCCAGGUUGUGCUGUGAAGCAGGAAGUAAACAACCCUUACUCGGGAGGUUCAGACGGCUUUAUGAAGUGUACUGAGAUAACAAACAUCAAGGAUUUCCAAAUGAGAGGUUGUUUUUGUUCAACUAUAAAAGCCCAAAUGGUUUUCAAAACUAAAAUGGAAAAGGUCUGCUGCAUUCAUUUUUCUCUUUUUAAAAGCCUUAGAAGUCUAUUUAGUGUCCUUCACUUCUAAUGAUACUACAAGAAGUAACUACCCCGUGGAUAAUAAAGGAAAAUGAAGGCACAAUUUCAAGAGCAUUUUUAUAAUUAAAUGCUUUUUAAAACUUUUAAAGCCUUUUCUUUG